GGACAAUUGUAUCUUUCAAAGAACCAAAUCGGCCUUCCAUGGAGUGGGGCCUGGAAUUGCUGCAGGAGCCCGAGAGGUGCUUUCUGGAGCUCCAGCACGCGCGGGCUGCCUACCGGCCAGGCUUAGGUAGCUUCCAGUGGGAGGUCUUGGCCACCACACGUUCGGAAAGAACAGAUGCCGAGCUGCGAGUCGGCUCUGAACCUUUGCUGGUGGCCACGGAGGUUCCACAGCGCUCGGAGGAGUUGCGGGUCUUGGGGCAGGUGACCACAGAUUCCUUGCCGCCAGAUAAUAUAGAUGUCGUCAUCUACCUGUCCUUUCGUGGAACAGUCAGCCAAGAGAACAUGAUCACCAACCUCAAGGCUGAGCUGGUUCCAUUGACUUUAGGCGCCAGUGCCCAAGGCCAAGUGCAUCGUGGCUUCCAGGACGCGUACCUUGCAUUGCGGCCUCGCCUGCUGACGAAGCUUGAUGAGGUCACCGCUGACCCUUCACUGCUGCCGGCCAGAGUGCUGGUGCGGGCGACAGGGCAUAGCCUGGGUGGUGUGCUGGCAAUGCUGGCGUGCUACGACCUCCGGUCUUGCCGUGGCGUGACCUGCGAGUGUGUGACGUGGGGUGCGCCGCGGCUGGGCGACGGAGGCUUCGCCGAGCUGUGGAAUGCUGCAGGAAUCAAGCUGGCGCGGUUGGUGAACAGGUUUGAUGUGGUUCCGAGACUACCUUCAAACCAAGAAGAUGAGGCCGGUGAGCAGGGGCGAGUGGCCGCGCAGCUACAUCAAUGGCUGGGCCGAGUCCAAGCUGCCCGCAAUGCUCUGGGCUAUGUCCACUUCUGUGACUCCGUGGACCUGGACACCUCCGCGGCCGCGGCGGCCUUGCACUGGGCCAACGCUGCAAAGGUUGCGGCCUUGUCG